UUCAACAAAAGUGGUCUGUAUGAUACUUGGUAAACACGUUUACACCAUGAGUAGCAUUUAGCCAAGUUUGGAAUACGCCGAGAACAAACCCCACUUCUACCGUGAAAGACGUACCACGAACUGACCCGGCGCCCACCCAAUCCCCAUCCUGACGGCCUUUUGAAAUCGACGCUGUUGAUCGACCAAGUACAAUGACGGGCCUAGAUCUAGCUAGCUCAUCGAGACUACCUUCAGAGUAAUUCCUGUGCUGUAGCAGUUCUACGUCUACAGUUUGGUGUGUUACCUGGGUCUUAGGACGGCAUGUCGACUCAUGGUUCAAGGAAAAGGCGCCACAAGUCUAGAGAGAAGAUGCAGACAGCGAGCACUAACAGUGACGACAACCAGGACAACAACCAGCCACAACCCCAGGAGCAACCAAAAGACGAGCAGGGUGAGGCAGGCGGUAGACAAGAGCUGGUCGCCAUCUUGGACCGUUUGUUCUCCAAAUCAAUGGAAGACGGGGCUCCGGCCGCGGACAGCAAUGACAGAUUGAGCCGGGUAGCCUGCCUGUCUGUUGCUGCAAGUAUCGGCCAUGUUGAGGGGGUCAAGAAACUUCUGGAUGAAAAUCUUGACGUCAAUGCCAGGUCAAAGGGAUGUUUCACGGUGCUACAGAGCGCCGUGUCGUGGAAACAUUACAAGAUCGCUGAGAUGCUGCUACAGAAGGGGGCCGAGGUCUCUGAUAUAUCGGAGGACGGCAACACGGCCUUACAUUUGUCGGCACAGUCGUCCAACAAGGAGGCCGUCAGUUUUCUGCUACACAGGGGCGCUCUGGGGGACGUCAAGAACAACCUGGGUCAGACUGUCCUACACAAGGCGGCCAAGCUCGGUGACCUUGAGACGUGUGAGCUCUUCAUCCAACAUUUCUCGUCAGGCGACACCUCGGGGUGUGAGCAGGUCGCCAAGCUGAUCCUAAGCGAGGACACGGAAGGACGGACGCCCAUCUGUGAGGCCCUAAAGAACCAGCACCAGCUCCUUGUACAACUGCUCCUCAACGCUUGCCGCCCCGAGGACGCGCUGGAGUUCUACAUGAGACGGAUCCACAAACUGGGGAGCCUGUCCAGCGAUGACCCCAGCUUUGACAUGCAGUCCAUCCUGGGCUCGCUGCUGUUGGUGGUCAAGAGUCUCCAGAAGGAGUUUCUCAGCCAGCUGGCGACAGCUGACCCGAUCCACCACCUGGUGCAAACCAUCCGUCUGCACGUCACUUCCCCCAGGGUCUUGUCUGCGGCGUGUCUGAUGAUCAGUCAGCUGAUCUGGAAAGAGGAUCCAGGCACAGACGAGGCCAUAAGCCAACAGGAAGAGACACUGGACCUCAGGGACGACCUCCUACAGAGGUUUCUGCACUGUAAAGGUCCUGAUGUCGUAAUGGAGAAGCUGAGUACUCACGUGCUGACCGCCCACGACACGUACAUCGUCGUGAGUACUCUGCUGCCCAUCAUGAUCCUAGCAAGUAGGUCAGCAGGUCGCACGUGGCUCGGGCAGAACAGCGGAAACCUCAGCUUUUACAAAGAACUCCUGACGCGGAAUAAGACCUUCAUCACGCACAUCAACAUCAGCAACCACAUGGGUCAAGGUCUCCAGGUCAGCCAGGUCAUCAAAACCUUCCUGGGCUUUGUCGAGAGCAUCGAGGCCAAGGACCGGGAGCAGAACCUGGCUGAGCUGCUUGAGGAGGAGGAGAGGGACCGCAUCAAGCGGGAGAAGAAGAAGAGGAAGCGCCAGAAACGACACAAACAAUCCAAGCUGGACGUCACGCAGACGUCGACCGCCGAGGGUAGUACGGACGAUGAAAAUGGAGAGCAAGGCGCAUGGAAUGCGGACGGUUUGUGCAACGCGGAUUUAUUUUCUCCCGGGGAGGCGGGUUCAGAUAAAGACCACGCCCUUUACUACCAGCAGAAGGUUAACGACCAGACGGAGCAGAAAGCCAACGAUGCGAGUCAGGAGAAGUUUGGUCUCCAGUCACAAGUUCUUCGGGAGAAGGAGUGCACAAGGAAGGCGUUUCCUUUAGAGGCGAUACGAGGACAGGGUCAACGCUGA